AUGUCGACCAGUGGGCUGAAGGCAAUUGCCCCUGUGCCCACCGCGGCAGAUUUCUUGGACAUUGUCCUGUCCAAGACCCAGCGAAAGACACCUACAGUAAUCCACAAAAACUUCAAGAUCAGCCGCAUCCGUAAUUUUUACAUGCGCAAGGUCAAGUUCACGCAAGACACUUUCGAUGAAAAACUGGGAGCCAUAUUGUCAGAGUUCCCCCUCCUCGACGACUUACACCCCUUUCUGGCAUCACUCAUGAAUGUAUUGUACGACAAAAAUCACUACAAACUUGCUCUAGGCCAACUUCGUACAUGUCGACAUCUCAUCGAUCAGGUUGCCAAAGAUUACGUCCGACUUCUCAAGUUCGGCGACAGUUUAUACCGCUGCAAGCAGCUUAAAAGGGCGGCGCUGGGUCGUAUGGCCACUAUCAUGCGCAGACAGAAAGAUCCCCUUGCCUACCUCGAGCAAGUUCGCCAACACAUUUCCCGUCUUCCCGCCAUCGACCCUAACACCCGGACUCUACUCAUUUGCGGCUACCCAAAUGUCGGAAAGUCGUCAUUUAUCAAUAAGGUCACACGCGCGGACGUUGAUGUCCAGCCAUAUGCUUUUACAACCAAGUCCCUUUUUAUUGGCCAUCUGGAUUACAAGUACCUGAGGUGGCAGGUAAUCGAUACCCCUGGGAUUUUAGAUCACCCGCUGGAGGAGAUGAACACGAUUGAAAUGCAGAGUAUUACAGCUCUUGCACACCUCAAGAGCUGCGUGCUGUAUUUCAUGGAUCUAAGUGAACAGUGUGGUUACACUGUGGAAGCACAAUGUAAACUGUUCCAUUCUAUCAAGCCUCUAUUUAAUGGCAAGCCGACGAUGCUUGUCAUCAACAAAAUCGACGUGACUCGCCUUGAGGAUCUUACAUCCGAGAAUCGUGCUCUUGUCCAAGAAAUUAUUGACACUGAGAAUGUCCAAUGCGUCCAGGUGUCAUGUUAUUCUGAUGAAGGGGUCAUGGAUCUCAAGAACAAGGCAUGCGAUGCCCUCCUAGCACACCGCGUCGACUUGAAACUCAAGGGCACCAAAAUCAACUCUGUGAUUAACCGUAUACAUGUGGCACAGCCGAAAGCUCGGGACGACGUUGUCCGUGCGCCAUUCAUACCCGAUGUUAUCAAAGAGCGGAAGGCAUACGAUAAGAAUGAUCCCGACAGGAAGAAACUUUUGCGAGACACGGAGUUAGAAGAGGGUGGUCCUGGUGUUUUCAACAUCAACAUUAAGCAGGAUUACAUCCUCGCAAAUCCUGAAUGGAAGAUGGAUGUCAUGCCCGAAAUCAUGAACGGCAAGAACAUUGCUGACUUUAUUGACCCCGAUAUCGCCGAAAAACUUGAGGCACUUGAGCGCGAGGAAGAGAAACUGGAGGCCGAGGGCUUUUACGAUAGCGACGAGGACAUCUUUGACUCUGAAGACGAACGUGAAGCAGUCGAGACCAAAAAAGCUCUUGGGCAUAAAAUACAUUCACAGAACGUCAAAAAAGCCAUGAAGAACCAGUCUCGUUUGCCGCGCACAGCGGGCCUCCGCACGCUGUCCGAGCUCACUACUGAACUCAAGAAAGCAGGUUAUGAUCCAAGCAACAUAGAGGCGAGAGCUGGGAUAAUAGCCAAAGCCCAAGGAGCCAAGCGAAAACGUGCUGAAGCAGACAUGGAUGUUGAUAUGGAAGAUGGUGAUGGUGACGCAAGUGAAGGUGAAGAAGGUGACUGGAUGGAUGUUGAUGGCGAGGAGCAGACGCCGAAGAAGCGAGCUAAGGGUAACUCGGGUACAGUUCUUGCCAAGCAUCCACGAGCACCGAAAUCAAAUCGCCAACUUGCUGGUAUGCGUGAUCAACAGCAAGCGUCCAAGGCUGUCAAGCUACGGAACCUCGGACAGCGUGAGCGCAACCGGUUGGCUAAAGCUGGAGAGGCUGAUCGUGUUAUCCAAACUAAAAUGCCGAAACAUCUUUUCGCUGGCAAACGGAAAGCUGGAAAAACAAACAGACGUUAG